AUGAAGGACUAUGCUGAAAGCAUCGCUUUCCUGGGUCAGUGGGGACGUUUCCAGAAGCUCAUCUUCUUCCUGCUGUGUGCCAGCAUCGUGCCCAAUGGAUUUGGUGCCUUCGCCCUUGUUUUCCUGACAGACUUGCCAAGUCACCACUGCAUUAUUCCUGACUCCAACCUAACCGAAGAAUGGCAUAAAGCCAGCAUACCGAUACAGGUGGUGGAUGGGAAACAGCAGCUCAGCAGAUGCAGCAGGUUCAGGCUGGAUUUGGUCAGAAACUUCUCUGCUCGGGGAUUCAUUCCUGGGAGGGACGUCAACCUCACUGACCUGGAGCAGGAGGGAUGUGUGGAUGGGUGGAGCUACAGCAAAGACACCUACCAGUCCACCAUAGUCACUGAAUUUGACCUGGUAUGCAGUGAGCAGUGGAAGCUGACGUUCAUUUCCACAGUUUUCUUCGUUGGGGUUCUUCUUGGAUCCUUCUUCUCAGGACAGCUCUCAGACAGAUUUGGAAGAAAACCUGUUCUUUUUGCAACCAUGGUGGUCCAGAUGGUGUUUACGUUUAUUCAGGUCUUCUCUACUUCAUGGAUUAUGUUCACUGUCCUCCUUUUCAUCAAUGGUUUGGGACAAAUUUCCAACUUUGUAGCUGCUUUAGUGCUGGGCACUGAGAUUUUAACUGGCAAUAUACGAGUCCUUUACUCAUCUUUGGGCUCAUGUUUAAGCUUUUCAAUCGGCUACAUGAUGCUGCCUCUCUUCGCCUACCUUUUAAGGGACUGGAAGUCUCUCCUGUUGGCCUUGUCGCUGCCUUGCCUGGCCUAUAUCCCCUUCUGGUGGAUGAUCCCAGAGUCUCCUCGGUGGUUACUCUCUCAGGGAAGAGUGGAUGAGGUGGAGGCCAUUGUGAGAAAAGCUGCUAAGUGGAACAAAGUUCAUGCUCCAACCGUCAUCUUUCAAGAUUACAGUGUUAAUAAUAAGAAACCCUCUGAAGAUAAACAAAAUGUCUUCAGCCUGCUGAGGACCAGCAGCAUCAGAAGCACAACACUCCUUCUCUGCCUGGUGACGUUUGGUUCGUGUACCGGAUACUACAGCUUGUCUUUCAACACAUCCCAACUCCAUGCUGACCCCUACAUGAGCUGCUUCAUCUCAGCAGCUGUAGAGGUACCAGCAUACAUUUCUAGCUGGCUGGCUCUGCGCUACCUCCCACGACGGCUGUCUUUAUGCUGUAUGUUUCUCAUUGAAGCGGUGGCCCUGUUUCUCAUUCAACUGGUGCCUCAAAGUCUAUCAAAUCUGUCUAUUGCACUGGAGAUGUUGGGUAAAUAUGUUGUUACCAUUACUUUCGGCAUGAUGUUUGGCUACAUUGCAGAGCUUUACCCAACAUUGCUCAGGAACACAGCGGUUGGGGUAUGCUCCACUGUUGGCAGACUGGGAAACUGCAUCGCACCGUUUUUGAUAACUCUGCAUAUCUACCAAGUACAUCUUCCUCAUAUUAUACUGGGCACUCUGGCUUUUGCAGCUGCCUUUGCUGCUUUCUUUCUACCAGAGAGCUUUGGACGACCUCUACCUGAAACUAUACAACAGAUGCAUAAGAGAGAAAGGAUAAAGUGUCCGUGCAUCACUGGAAAAGAAACCCCAAUACCUGUGGUCCUCCUGGAAAGUCCACUGUGA